AUGGCAUGUAAGAAUCAGAAGAGGCUUCUGAAGCACCAGAUCGUCAUGAAACGAGGUUCUGCUGUGGAUAGGGAAAUCAGUCAAAAAUACGCAAAUGACAAGAAAAUGAGCACCAAGGAGAAGGAGGAGCGCGCUCUUUUUCGUAAAAACGAAGUUGCGGAUUCAGAAGCCACAUACUUGUCGAUUUUCUUCACCAACGUACUGUUCCUUUCGAUUAUGUUGUUCUUAGCAUUUUUCCUGCUUGCAAACCUCACACCUAUCUUUAAUUCUCUGCUCUCUGUAAUAGGAUCCGCAGGUCUCGUAGCAUUCCUUUCUACUGCUAAAAAUUAG